ACAACAAAAACUUACACUCUUGUUUUAAAGCAUUUUUGUGAACCUUUUUCUAUUUCAAAGUUUGCAGUUGUUUACUAGCUUAAUCCAAGCCAAAUCACAAAGUUUAGUACUACUAAUAGUAAUGGCUAUGUCUAUGCAAGUACAAGCCGUUCUUUCCAAUUCAGUUGGUGCCUUCACUAAUGGCUCCUCUAAGGCGUAUCCACUAGGGUUCAACCCUCGGAUGUGCAAACGUGUCAACUUCGGCGUCAAGUGUAUGGCCGAGGGAGGGGCUGGUGGUCAACCCAAACUUGAUUCCGGUGUACCCAAGCCAAACCCCACCGUAUCUUCACCCACCUCGAUCCCAACCCCAACCCCAACCCCAAGGCCACAACCAAAGAAGGUAAGCACAAACUUCAGAGACUUGUUCGCAUUUAGCGGCCCUGCACCGGAAAGGAUCAACGGCCGCCUAGCCAUGAUCGGCUUCGUGGCCGCAAUAGCAGUAGAGCUAUCUAACGGCACUGACCUAUUUACUCAAAUAUCCGACGGUGGAUCACAAUGGUUCCUAGGAACAAGCAUCCUUCUUUCAGUAGCAUCAUUAGUGCCAUUGCUCCAAGGAAGCCGAGCAGAAGCAAAGACACAAGGGUUAAUGAAUGCCAACGCCGAGCUUUGGAAUGGUAGAAUUGCUAUGUUAGGGCUUGUAGCCUUGGCUGUAACUGAGAUCGUUAAAGGUGGAGCGCUUGUUUGAGUAGUGUAAUGAUCUACUUGUGGAAAGUUUGAUAUUAUUGUUGUAAAUAGAAAUUGAAUUAUUAGGGAAGCGAUUAUGUUUCUAUGAUAAUUAUGUUUUUGAACUAUAAGAA